CCUGGCCCGGACCCCCGGCCCCCAGCCCCUCGUGUGCCCCCGCCGCUCUCUCGGACCCCCGGUGGGGUCUCCAGAGCCCCCCGGUGCUCUGCUGGGGCUCGGCGCCCCCGGAGCUCCCACAGCUCCACCGCAGCCCCGGCCUGCGCCCCAGGGGCCUUUAUAGCCCCCGUUACCCUGUUGCCCCCCCCGAGGCCCUGCGGCCCCCACACAGUAGCCACUUGUGCCCCCGGAAUCCCCAGUUGUCCCCUGUAGCCUGUGCCUGCGCCCCUGAAGGGUCUGUGGCUCUUGCCAGCGCCUCUGCAGACCCCAUAGCCCCUGGCCUGCGCCCCCACAGCCGCCCCUGCUCCAUCAGAGCCCCCCUCGGAGCUCCUGCAGCUCCCGGCUCUGCUCCCCUGCUCUCUUCCCGGCCCCGACACUUGCAUCCUACCACUUUUCCCUGUCAGACUCUCUUCUCCUGGUGUCCUGGGCUCAAACCCGCUGCCUUCGCCUCCCUCCAAAGUCCUGCCCAUCUGGUGCCCCCAACACAGCCCGUGUCGUACCCUGGGGGGGCCCCCCAUGCACAGCCUGCCCUGUUUGCCAGCACCUCUGUGUCACAAGGGCUCCGUGUGCCGUGACACAUACUGGGCUUUCUGCCCUUUGCUCUGUCCCCACCAGUUUCUCCAGUGCUGCAGCCACCGCUGUGCCCCACUGGCCCGUGUGAUAGCACCCAUCUUUGGGGUAUCUUUGCUUUUUGUGGGUGCAGCCCCCUUGCUCCCUGUCCCUCUUUCUUUGGCGCUAGUGCAGCAGUUUGCUGGAGGACUCCGGAGCUCAGCAUAAGCUUUAAAACUUCUUUAAGCACAGUCUCUUAAGCCUUAAGCAAUUUAUUUUUUUUACUCUAGAUGCUGAUUGCUCCGUGAUGCAAACUGGAAAUUAGUGAUCAGAAAAUGUUAAGCAAUUGAUACGAACUGAUCCGAGAUCCUUCACAGCUCAGAUUGCGCUUCUAGUAAAUGUUUUAAGGACUGAAGACAUAAUCACGCAGUGAACAGCAGAGAAGCCACCUUGAAGAACAGGCCUUCGCACCCUCUGUUGUUAUGGCAGGGGGAAGGCGGGGUCCUAACCGUACCUCCUACUGCCGAAAUCCCCUCUGUGAACCUGGGGCCGCUGGCGGCUCCGGCCAUUCCACGAGCUCCUCCGUCACGGGUGUGCGCUCACGCACCAGGAGCGGUUCAGGUACAGGCCUUUCCAGCCCACCGUUGGCAACUCAGACAGUCGUCCCCCUCCGGCACUGUAAGAUCCCAGAGCUGCCUGUGGAGAGGAGUGUGCUGUUUGAACUCCAGCUCUUCUUCUGUCAUCUCGUUGCUCUGUUUGUCCACUACAUCAACAUCUACAAAACUGUGUGGUGGUACCCACCCUCCCAUCCGCCUUCGCACACGUCAUUGAACUUUCAUCUUAUUGACUUCAACGUGCUGACAGUGACAACAAUCGUCCUGGCACGCCGGCUGAUCGGUGCUAUUGUGAAGGAGGCUUCACAGAGUGGCAAAGUCUCCCUGCCACGCUCUAUUUUCCUCGUGAUCACUCGGUUUGCUGUUCUCACUGGCACAGGCUGGAGUUUGUGUCGAUCAAUAAUUCACCUUUUCAGAACCUACUCUUUCCUUAAUCUCCUGUUCCUGUGUUACCCGUUUGGCAUGUACAUUCCCUUCCUUCAGCUGAACUGUGACUUUCGGAAGACAGGCCUCUUCUCCCAGGUGGCCAACAUCGGUCCCAGAGAGACCGGCGAGGUGAACUCCAGGGGCCGGGACUACCUGACUGUCCUAAAGGAAACCUGGAAGCAGCACACUCGUCAGAUGUACGGCAUGGAAGCCAUGCCCACUCACGCCUGCUGCCUCUCCCCAGAUCUCAUCCGCAAUGAGGUGGAAUACCUGAAAAUGGACUUUAACUGGCGGAUGAAAGAGGUGCUGGUGAGCUCCAUGCUCAGUGCCUACUACGUGGCCUUUGUGCCGGUCUGGUUUGUGAAGAACACUCAGUACUAUGACAAACGCUGGUCGUGUGAACUCUUCCUUCUGGUUUCCAUCAGUACGUCUGUGAUCCUGAUGCAGUACCUCUUACCCGCGCGCUACUGUGACUUGCUCCAUAAAGCCGCCGCACACCUGGGCUGCUGGCAGAAGGUCGAUCCAGCCCUCUGCUCCAAUGUGCUGCAGCAUCAGUGGACAGAGGAGUGCAUGUGGCCACAGGGAGUGUUAGUGAAACACAGCAAGAACGUGUACAAAGCUGUGGGUCAUUACAACGUGGCAGUGCCCUCGGACGUCUCGCACUUCCGUUUUCACUUCUUUUUCAGCAAACCACUGAGAAUCCUCAACAUCCUGAUUCUGCUGGAAGGAGCCGUCAUCUUCUACCAGCUUUACUCGCUGAUUUCGUCAGAGAAGUGGCACCAGACUAUCUCGCUGGCUCUGAUCCUCUUCAGCAAUUACUACGCCUUCUUCAAGCUGCUGCGUGACCGUCUGGUGCUGGGCAAAGCCUACUCAUACUCUGCCAGCAGAGACUCAGAGCAGAAGUUAAAUUAAAACAAUUGCACUGAUGCUCAGCUUAUUACAAAACAAACAAAACAAGAAACCCUCAGAGCUUUGUAUUUUUGUUACCACUGCUUUUUUUUCUUUGAUAACUGAUGUAAUUAAAAGGAAAAAACAUAUUUUUUUACUCCCAA